UCACUGUUGCCCCUGUCUUUCGCCAUGUUCUCCCGUUAAACUCCUCUCCAUUUUCAAAAGUUCUGAUUUUGGGACAUAUUCAUUACUCUCUAUUUGUACAUUAAAAACAAAAUCAGGAUGACAAACGUGUCCUAUCACAUCUCCAACCUGCUGGAGAAAAUGACAUCUACUGACAAAGAUUUUAGGUUCAUGGCCACCAAUGAUUUGAUGAUGGAGCUGCAGAAGGACUCCAUCAAGCUGGACGAGGACAGUGAGAAGAAGGUGGUAGCCAUGCUACUGAAGCUGUUGGAGGAUAAGAACGGAGAGGUGCAGAAUCUGGCUGUAAAAUGUUUGGGUCCACUUGUGAGCAAAGUGAAGGAGUAUCAGGUAGAGACAAUGGUGGACACGCUGUGCACCAACAUGAUGUCUGACAAAGAACAACUCAGAGACAUCUCCAGCAUGGGGCUGAAGACUGUUAUCGCUGAGCUCCCCCCAUCCUCCACAGGCUUGAGUCUUACCGCAAACGUCUGCAAAAAGAUCACGUCUCAGCUGAUUGGGGCCAUGGGGAAGCAGGACGACGUGUCUGUGCAGUUGGAGGCCCUGGACAUUCUGUCUGACAUGCUGGGCAGGUUAAGCAGCACUCUGGUCAGCUUCCACCCCUCCAUCCUGAGCAGCCUGCUCCCCCAGCUGAUGAGUCAGCGCCUGGCAGUGAGGAAGCGGGCCAUCAUCGCCCUGGGCCACCUAGUGCCCAGCUGCAGCACCGCCCUCUUCACCGAGCUGACAGAGCAUCUGCUGUCCGAGCUGUCCCGUAGCCAGCCCACCUCUGCCACCCGCACCUACAUCCAAUGCCUGGCCACAGUCAGCAGGCAGGGAGGGCACAGAGUGGGUGAGCACCUGGAGAAGAUCAUCCCAAUGGUGGUGAAGUUCUGCAACGUGGAGGACGAUGAGCUGAGGGAGUACUGCUUUCAGGCCUUUGAGGCAUUUGUCCGAAGGUGUCCCAAGGAGAUGUCACCUCACAUACCCACGGUCAUCAAACUGUGCCUGAAGUACAUCACCUACGACCCCAAUUAUAACUACGAUGCUGAUGACGACCAGGACGAUUCCAUGGACACUGAGAAUGGAGAGGAUGAGGAUCAAGAGUCAGACGAUGAAUACAGCGAUGAUGAUGACAUGAGCUGGAAGGUGCGCCGCUCCUCUGUGAAGUGUCUAGAAGCCGUGAUCAGCACUCGGAGGGAUCUGCUGGUGGAACUCUAUGGGUCUGUGUCCCCAAAUCUGGUUGCUCGAUUCAAGGAGCGUGAGGAGAACGUCAAGACUGACAUCUUCUUGGCUUUCAUCGCCCUCCUUAAGCAGACUCGGCUCCCGCAAGGGUGUCUGACGGUCAGCGAUGCAGGAACCAAGGAGGACCCCUCACUCGCCCUACUCAAGAAGCAGGUUCCCAGCAUUGUGAAGGCGUUACACAAACAGCUGAAAGAGAAAAGCAUGAAGUCAAGGCAGGGCUGCUUCAGCCUCCUCGCAGAACUUGCAAAUGUACUGCCAGGAGCCCUGGGGGAACACAUACCUGCUCUCAUCCCUGGUAUUGUAUAUUCUCUCACAGACAAGUCAACCUCCUCCAACAUGAAGAUUGACGCUCUGUCCUUUCUCCACGUUCUGCUGUGCAAUCACUCUCCAGCGGUCUUCCACCCCCACAUCAAGGUCAUUCUGCCCCCAGUGGUGGCAUGUAUUGAAGACCCCUUCUACAAAAUCACUUCUGAGGCACUCCUGGUAACUCAGCAGAUCGUGAAGAUCAUGCGACCUCUAGAGAGCCCUACCCCCUCCACCUUCGAUGCUAAACCCUAUGUAAAGGACCUCUUUACUGGCACCCUAAAGAGGCUCAAAGCCGCAGACAUCGACCAGGAGGUGAAGGAGAGAGCCAUAUCCUGCAUGGGUUACAUAGUCUGUCAUCUAGGAGACCAGCUGGGUGGAGACCUGCAACCCACUCUGCAGAUCUUCCUGGAGAGGCUUAAGAACGAGAUCACCAGGCUGACCACGGUGAAGACCCUGACCCUAGUAGCCGCCUCUCCCCUCAAAAUUGACCUGAGGCCGGUCCUCACUGAGGGCGUUCCGAUCUUGGGCUCCUUCUUACGGAAGAACCAGCGCGCACUAAAGCUGAGCACUCUGACCACCCUGAAUGUGGUGGUGAAGAACUACAGCGACAGCCUCAAGCCCCCAAUGAUAGAGUCGGUGCUGAACGAGCUUCCCUCCCUGAUCAGCGAGAGUGACAUGCAUGUGUCCCAGAUGGCCCUUACAUUGCUUACCUGCAUGGCCAAGGUCUGCCCUUCCUCUCUGUCCAAGAUCGGUGCCUCUAUUCUGCCAGAGGUGUUCACUUUGAUCCAUUCUCCGCUCCUGCAGGGAGGGGCCCUUGGUGCUAUCCUGGAGUUCCUCCAAGCACUUGUGGUGACUAAAGCCAGCAACAUGGGCUUCAAUGAACUCUUGAAAGCUCUUACGGGUCCCUUUUAUGGGUCACAGAAGUCCACAGAAUCCCUGCCUGUGCACAGGCAGUCCUACUACUCGGUAGCUAAAUGUGUGGCUGCUCUUUCCUCUGCGUGCCCUAAGGAAGCUUCGGGAAUGGUGACAAACUUCAUCCAGGAAGUAAAGAGUGCCAAGUCAUCAGAUUCGGCGAGGAUCCUGUCCUUCCUCUGCCUGGGGGAGGUGGGCCGCUCGACAAACCUGGGUGGGCAGAAGGAGCUGAAGACCGUCAUCCUGGAAGCCUUUUCCUCCCCUAAUGAGGAGAUAAAGUCAGCCGCCUCUUGUGCCCUGGGCAACAUCUGCGUGGGGAACCUGGAGGAAUACCUUCCCUUCAUGCUGAAAGAGAUUGGCAGCCAGCCCAAGAGGCAAUACCUGUUGCUGCACUCCCUGAAGGAGGUGAUUAGUGCCUCCUCAGCUGAGAGUCUGAAACCCCAUGUGGAGGAGAUCUGGGCCCUGCUCUUCAAGCACUGCGAGUGUGCCGAGGAGGGCACCCGUAACGUGGUGGCUGAGUGCCUGGGAAAGCUAACCCUGGUCAACCCCUCACAGCUCCUGCCCCGGCUCAAAAAGCAGCUGUCCUCAGGAUCCCCUCAUGCCCGUAGCACUGUAGUCACAGCCAUUAAGUUCACCAUUGUCGAUCAGCCUCAGCCCAUAGAUGCACUCCUCAAAGGCUGCAUAGGUGAUUUCCUGAAGACACUGCAGGACCCAGACCUGAACGUUCGCCGUGUUGCCUUGGUGAUGUUCAACUCGGCUGCCCACAACAAGCCAGUGCUGAUCCGCGGCUUACUGGGCUCUGUGCUCCCCCACCUCUACACUGAAACCCAGAUUAGGAAAGAGCUCAUCCGGGAGGUGGAGAUGGGCCCCUUCAAACACACUGUGGAUGAUGGACUGGAUGUGCGGAAGGCAGCGUUUGAGUGCAUGUACACCCUGCUAGACAGCUGCCUAGAUUGCCUGGACAUCUUCGAGUACCUCAACCAUGUGGAAGAGGGGCUGAAGGAUCAUUAUGACAUUAGGAUGCUGACCUUUAUAAUGCUAGCCAGACUCUCCACUCUGAGUCCCAGCGCUGUCGUGCAGAGACUGGACCGACUGGUGGAGCCACUAAAAGCCACAUGCACCACUAAGGUGAAGGCCGGGUCUGUGAAACAGGAGUUUGAGAAGCAAGAGGAGCUGCGGCGCUCCGCCAUGAGGGCUGUCGCAGCGCUGCUCUCCAUCAGCGAGGUGGAGAAGAGCCCUGCCAUGGCCGACUUCGCCAGCCAGAUCCGCUCCAAUGCCGAGAUGGCCUCCAUCUUUGAGAGCAUUCAGAGGGACGCUACCUCCACCUCCAGCCUGACAGACACUAUGGACACCAGCUAGACACUACAGUGU